GGCGCGCGGGCGGCCGUCGUCGUCGUCGGCAGUAGCGGUAGUGUUUCGCGAGGGGCGUGAAGACUUUCCGGACUUCUUCGGGAGGAUGUGGGCUUCCUCCUCAUCCGUCGCCCGCUGGGGCCUCGCCGGGAUCCUCGUCCUAGGCUUAGGGAUCCAGAUAAACGCGUGAUUCUGUAGUGAGGUUUGUUUUGGGCGACAGCAACACGUGGCGCUCACCUGUUGUGUGCGGCGAGGCUGUGCUCCGGCCCCUGCGCGCUCGGGCUUCGAAACUGGGAUGAACUCCUCAAAAAGCCAAUCAGGAUAAAAGAGAAAGGGUAAAGAAAGGAGGAAAGAAAGGAAACUUCCAAUAAGUAAACGGCUUAAGAGAAGCGGAAUGAACUAGUUGUCGUGUUAACUGAUUCCACGCGGGGACUUCUGCUAAAAUCUUUAGAAGUGAAGUAAAAGAGUUCACCAAGAGAGCGAGGAACUCACCUGUGCUUCGGCUGCCCUGAGGUAGUUACAGCGGCGCCAGGUGGACGAGCGAGGAGCUGGAGACCUGCCCGGCACCGCUGGAAGGUGAUCCUGGCGGCGACCCAAGCCAAGUGGCCCCCGUGAGCCAGGGAGUGCCGCCGCCCCUCAGCCAUGGUGUCGUGGAGGUCGCUGGCACUCGUCGUCGUUGUGGUCGUGACGUCACACACGACCCCCGCCAGCUGUAAGGACGACUUGAGCAGGAAGGGCGCGCUGUCCUCCUUGACCCUGCCGGAGGUCGAGGCAGGGGUGGUAGGGGGGGGAGAAGAGGAGCCCACCCCCCCUGCCGGCUUUCCCCCUACCCCCUAUCCCGAGGAGUCGCCAUUGAGUCUGGAUGAAUUUCUGAUGCAAGGCAACCACAGCGAGGAGGACGACUUCGACGAGCGCUGGCCUCACCAGAAGAAGCGGGAGUGGCUGAAGAGUCUCCUCCUGCACCGUCAGAAGGAGUGCCUGCUCAAGCAAUAUAUUGAGGCGGCGGCAAAUGACACGCACGAAGGCUGGUGUCCCCGGGUAUGGGAUCAGAUGCUGUGCUGGGCACCCACGCCCCGCAACACCACGGUCUUUCUCUUGUGCCCUCCCUUCGUCCCAGGACUCAAUGCUGAGGCGCAUGCGUGGCGGAGGUGCGGCGCCGACGGGGCAUGGGAGGGCAGAGCGGGGGCGGCGGCCACGAAGGAGGGGUGGACCAACUACACCCACUGCCUCUCCGUAGCCACGCCCACCAUUACAGUCAUUGGGGAAUGGCUGCCGUCCAUCAAGCAGAUGUCGGUAGUGGGCUACAGCGUGUCCCUGGCGACGCUCCUCAUCUCCUUCGUCAUCCUCGCCUCCCUCAGGAAAUUACGAUGUCCGAGGAACCUCCUGCACCUCCACCUCUUCGGGUCGUUCAUGCUGCGGGCGCUGGUGGUGCUGCUGAAGUCUUCUCUCCUGGUGGAAGGGACGGCUCUUCCGCAGAACUUCCACGUGCAAGAUGGCGUCCACACGUUCAACUCCUCCAGCGAGACAUGGACGUGCAAACUCAUGAUCUGCGUGUGGCAGUACUUCAUCCUGGCCAACUACUCAUGGCUGCUCAUGGAGGGCCUCUACCUGCACAGCCUCAUCUUCAUGGCACUCUUCACUGACUCCUCGGCCAUCACGCUCUACAUUCUACUUGGUUGGGGUCUCCCGCUCGGGUGCGUGGGCGUGUGGGCGGCACUGAGGGCCACGCUGGACGACUGGCACUGCUGGACGGUGCACAACAAGCGGUGGAUUUUCUGGCUCUGCAUCAGGAUUCCCGUGGCCAUUUCCAACCUCAUCAACUUCUUCUUCUUCCUCAACGUCGUCAGAGUCCUCGUCCUUAAGCUCAAGUCGUCCAUUUCGGCGGAGUCCAUGAAGUACAGGAAACUCGGCAAGUCCACUCUGGUGUUGGUUCCUCUUUUCGGCGUCCACUACUUCGUGCUGUGGGGCCUCUCCACCUCCACCAACCCUUAUGUGGAGCUGGCCUGGCUCUUCCUCGACCAGGUCUUCGCUUCCUUCCAGGGUUUCUUCGUGGCCGUGCUGUACUGCCUCAUGAACGGCGAAGUGAGGCAAGAGUUGAGGAAGCUGUACAACCGGUGGUACAAGGGAGACCCCCUAGUCAUCACCUCCCAGUCCACGCUCGUCUCCCAUACGAAGACUUAUGCCAGCAGCCGAGGGAGGACGUCUAUCCACUCUAUCCACUCCGCCAUGGACCGCCGAGACAGACAGACGCCCUCGCCUCAGAUGUACCGCUCCGGAGGGGAGAACCACAGGCCCCGGACCCCUUCGCCGUCGCCUACGAACACUCUCACGCCUUCGUACGGAUCGAGAGGGCAGUCGAGGGAUGUAAGCGUAGGACAGCCCUCGUCUGAGUCUUACGAGGAAGCCAUCGAACUGAGAUCUCGCAACGCUUCCGAAACCUCGACUUACUGCAAGAACACCCACCCUUCAGGAGACAGGACCCACGAGGGCUCCGGCGGCGGGAUGGCCGUGGAGAUCCUCAUCAACAUCCACGACGAGAGCUGCGGCUACAGGCGAGGAUCGAGCGCCGAUAACGACAAGGACGCGCAACCGCUGCCCGUGAACAACGGCCCCAUCCUGUCGCAGGGAGGCCAGGCCAACGGGAGGACGAAGGAGAAGCACCUCACGUUCUCCGAGUCCACCGAGCAGCUGUUGAGCGCCAAGACCUCGCCGAUCAAAGAAAAUGGGUCGGUGGAGACGGGGAAGGUGGCGAAGGGGGACGGCGGUAAAUCGGUCGUGUGCGUGAAUGUAAACAAAAGCAGUUUAAAGGCGACUACUCCUCUGCAGGUGGACUCGGUUGUGGCGAAAAAAUCAGCUAAGGGCAAGGACCAAGAGACAAUGCUGUGAAAUGGAAAGAACACCGAAGCAGAUGCGAUUCGCUUUCAUUCACGUAAAGGACAACGAUCACCUCUUGGGCGGAGGUCCCUAGUGCAAUAUUUUUUUUAAAAGUUGAGUGAGUAUGAAAUCGAUAAUAUUAAGAAUCAUAAAGAACAUUACAAAAAUCCGAUAAACUUAUGUAGAAUUUCAGUAUUGACCUACUGAUUACGUAUUUUUUAUAUAAUUUCGAGUGUUCUUAUAUAAUUUGGCUCCCUUUGCCAUCUUUUCCUAGGUGAAGGGGUCCAUUUCAUAUUGUUGUGAUAUCUUAAAACCAAAGGCCAGUUUUUGAAAUACAUAGCUUCCUCAUAUGAGGAAUAUUGCAUAACAGAGAAAUUCAUGUUAACCGACUGAAAAAAGUGAAAUAUAAGUAACAAAUAAGUGAACAUAAUUUUGGACAGAACCAGCACUAAGGAUGAUCAAUAAAGAAUUUCAUUAUUCACCCAGGAAUGCCGAAUUGUUCAAUUCAAUUUCGUAGGCUGUACUAUCAAUAUCAAUGUGCUCCUUAAUUCACUUAUUAGGCAGUGGAAGAGUCCGUUUCAAGCUGCCAUGGCUAUCCAGAACCGCAGACAGUCCAAGUUUUUUUUUUUUAAUAAUCAUAUUUUCUUGACACAAGGUGUAUUAUACUACAUAAGAUAGUCAUUGCGAAUGUUUUUCGUUUGUAAGAGCAAAAUGGGCAGUAUUUUUUUCUCUUUUCUCUCUCUUUUUUUUUUAUUUUUUUAGUACGAAGGACAGAGAGACACAGCGAUCCCUCACGGAUCCUAAGUCAUGUGAAUGUUCCUAGUCCUCUCCUGGGAGAACCUUUACUGUACUGAUUUGGAAACUUAGGGAGAUUACGGAUCUGGAAAUACCUAAACGAUACAAAAUAUUUGUUAUUUCUUCCUCCUUAAAAUAUUUUCUUGAAUAUUAUACUUGCUGCUUCUCCAUGUGCUCGCCAUAGUGUUCACUGUGAGUGUACAUAAUACAUGUAAAAUAUCGACCAUAUUUCUACUACGACUUUGCAGAGUGCUCUUUUAGGUUAAUGAAGAUAGAAUCAGUAAGUAACCCAGGGUGCCAAAGAGUGAUAUAAGUUUUUUUUUCCUUUUCUUAAGACAAGAUGAACGUCUGUUUGUGUGGAUGCUUGACCGUUCUCUUAUGGAAUUACCGUUGUGUAUAAUGAAUCAAAGGCAGGUAAAAGUGAUUCCUAAAUAUUAAGGGUGAAUGCAUCCAGAGUUGUAUAUUUUCCAGUCGAGUGUAAAUCAAAUGUAGAUUGUUAUAUUCUUGAAUAGAUUUUAAUAUAAGUAGAGAAUUAUUUCGAGUGCUAGUUCGCAAAGGAAAAUUGUUGUGAUAUGGCAUCAGAAAUUGUUUUAAAGGAUGUAUUUGACAUCAGCAUUGUAGUACA